CAGAAACGCCAUCUUGACAGCACCCUCAAAAUGGCAGAAAGCUGUGAGUCCGAAGCCGAGUCCGAYCUAAGGUUCUGUUCCUUGGCUUUUUAAAACCUGGUGAGCCCGUUCUUCCACGCGCGGAGUGGUUAUGGGGUUGGUGUCCGGCGCCGCAGCACACAGCCUGUGAGAUGGAUAUAAGCACGGCGGUUUUCAACGCGGCCAGAGACGGUAAGCUGAAACUUAUCCAGAAGUUGCUGAGCAACAAAACUCCCGAGGAGCUGGAGGCUUUGGCGGAGGAGAAGACGCAGGGAAGCACCGCUCUGUUGAUAUCCUCUCGAUACGGACAUUUAGAGGUGGUGGACUACCUCGUGGAACACUGCAAAGCGAAUGUUGAACUCGGGGGUUCGGUCAACUUCGACGGCGAAACUAUCGAGGGGGCUCCGCCGCUGUGGGCGGCUUCGGCAGCGGGUCACCUCUCGGUGGUGAAGGCGCUGCUGAAGCACGGCGCCUCGGUCAACAACGCCACGCUGACCAACUCCACGCCGCUCCGAGCCGCCUGCUUCGACGGCCACCUGGAGAUCGUGCGCUACCUGGUGGAGCACAGAGCUGACAUGGAGGUCGCCAACCGCCACGGCCACACCUGCCUCAUGAUCUCCUGCUACAAAGGCCAUAAGGAGAUCGCCAAGUUCCUCCUGGACCGCGGCGCGGACGUGAACCGGAAAAGCGUGAAAGGAAACACGGCUCUGCACGACUGCGCCGAGUCGGGGAGCCUGGACAUCAUGAAGAUGCUGCUGAAGUGCAACGCCCGCAUGGAGAGGGAUGGAUAUGGAAUGACCCCCCUCCUCGCUGCGAGUGUUACGGGUCACACCAACAUCGUGGAGUACCUCGCCCACCAGCCCCGCACCUCCAGGGAGGAGCGGAUCGACGCGCUGGAACUACUGGGGGCCACUUUUGUGGACAAGAAGCGUGACCUGUUGGGAGCAAUGAGGUACUGGAGAAGAGCCAUGGAGCUGCGGCAGGCAGGUGACAAAGCUGGAUCCCUGGCCAAGCCCCCACCUGGCCCCCCGAUCCCUGCCUACAGCUGUGCACAGGAGGUGAACACGGCUGAGGAGCUUGAAGCCUUAAUCACAGACCCUGARGAAAUGAGGAUGCAGGCCUUGUUGGUCCGGGAACGCAUCCUCGGGCCAUCCCACCCAGACACGUCUUACUACAUCCGGUACCGGGGGGCCGUCUAUGCCGACUCGGGCAAUUUUGAACGCUGUAUCAGUCUGUGGAAGUAUGCAUUAGAAAUGCAGCAAAGCAACUUGGAUCCUUUGAGUCCCAUGACAGCUUCCAGUUUCCUGUCCUUUGCCGAGCUCUUCUCUUUCGUUCUUCAGGACCGGGCCAAAGGCACCCUGUCGACCCGCAUCACCUUCCAGGAUCUGAUGGUCGUGCUGGGGAAGAGCGUGCGGGAGGUGGAGCGAGCCGUGGCGCAGCGGGACAACCCUCCGGAGGCCCCUCAGUUCACCAAGGCGCUCUCCAUCAUCCUCCACCUCGUCUUUCUCCUGGAGAAGCUGGAGUGCAGCCCCGAGCAGGAGCACCAGAAGAAGCACACGGUGUACCGCCUCCUCAAGCUCAACCCGCGAGGCCGGAGCGGCUUCACGCCCCUCCACAUGGCCGUCGACAAGGAGACCACGUCCGUCGGCCGCUACCCCGUGGGCCGCUUCCCCUCCCGGGCGGUGGCGGCGCUGCUGCUGGAGUGCGGCGCCGACGUGGACUCCCGCGACUGCGAGAACAACACGCCGCUGCACGUCGCCGCGCACAACGGCUGCGCGGAGAUCAUGACUCUGCUGAUCCAGGCGGGGGCUCACUUCGACGCGACCAACGCUCAGAGGAAAACGGCCCACGACUUGUACGACGAGCACAGCAGCGGGCACCCCACCCUUUACCCGCUGAACUACAUCACCCUUCAGUGCCUGGCAGCCCGUGCGGUGGAGAAGCACAGACUGCCGUACAGGGGGCUGAUCUCUGAGGAGAUGGAGGCCUUUAUCGAGCUCCACUGACUCCCGUGACGAGACGCCUGUUCUGUUCUUCCCUGUUCCUUCACAAACCUUUGUUUUUGUUUGUUUGUUUGUUUGUUUUGUUUUCAUCUGCACCAUUCUCCUUACCUCUCAUCUCCCCUCCUGGCCGAAUGUUGUCUCAGACCAAACCAUAGCAAUAAUCCAACAGCCUCUGGGAUUACAAUCUGGUCACAUAUCACUUAAUUCUAAAUUGAAAUCACACUGACUUUUAAAGUGAUUAAUUUUUUAUUACUUUUUAAUUACUGGGUGAAAAAUCUACCAAACAAUAAUGACGAUAAUAAUAAAAAUACAGUAUAUCUGGACUUAGAUGGAUUUUCUGCUGGUGCUAGCAUAUUAUGAGAUGGGUUUUAGUGUUAUUAAUGAAGAAGCCUUUGAUCAAAGUGUCCAGAUGAAAUGCAUGAAAAAGAAGUGUGGUUGUGCUAGUUCAGUUAUUGGUUUGCAAACUCCUUUAAAAACAAACUAAAGUGUUUUUUUCACCCCUUCUUGUUCACAUCUGUUUGUUGUUGAGGAAAUUGUUGCCAAGCCUCUUGAAUACAUAAAGUCAAAGGUUUAAGCAUUAAAUUGUCAGUACCGGAGGAGGAGUAACUUUUUUUUUCUUAAUGUUUCAGACUGUGAUUCUCUAUGCCAGCCUGCAGAACACAUACUUGAAAGACUUUGGAGAAGAGUGGUAUAAAUUGUGGACUGUUUCUAAAACAGGCUGCUAUUGUUUUUAUUAAUUCUUCUGAAUCCACACAAACUUUUCUUCUUCAUAUUAUUAUUAUUCCAGUCAGGGCUAAUUUGGUUUUUAAGCCAAAAAAGAAGAAGAUAAAAAUACAAAAAUAGCAAUGUUAUCAUGUUAUUCAAAAGUUGCACAUGCAGACUACAGACUUACAAACUGAAGUUGGUUUAAUGAUGAAAUUUCUGUAAUAUGAGUUAACUCAUACCUUCAGAGUUUUCUUCCUCUGUAUAAACAAACCGUUUAUACAGAGGGAAGUAGAUAUUUUUUUUAGGGUGGUCACAUAAACAAAGAUAUUCAAUUUCAAGUCAAAAGGGCAACAAAAAAAUAAUCUUAGGCCUUGUUUCCUACAAAUAAUUUGCUCGAGAUCCAAUAAAUCAUGCAUUUUAAUUGAUUGGAACCAGUGAGUCUCCAGCCAUCUUUUUUUUUCAUUAGUCUUACGUUUGUUAGACCACGUUUUGUUUGUCUCGUGUUUUCCUGAAUGUUUGACUGCUAAGCACGGCAGAGUUGAAUGCAACACCGAAAGGCUUCUAUAAAUAACAGAACCCCUCAUAUUCAGGCUUUUUGGAACUGACGCUGCCUUUGUAACGCAACUGUUUUAAUUUAACUGAGCAAGAGUUUGUUGAAUAAAAUUCAGCAUCCCAACCGAA